CACACACCCCAAUAUCCUUCUCCUUCGCCUGGCCUAGCUAUCAUUUCCACUCCCUUUCAUUAGUUCAUUUCCCUUUUUCUGUAAUACAAUGACUUCUGAUAGAAUAUUGUCAUAUUCUUGCAUUGCUUUCCUUUUGUUUUGCUCAUUGGCUACUUUGGCAUCUGCAUCCCUUACAGUUGGUUUUUACCAAUCUUCUUGCCCAUCAGCAGAAGCUAUUGUUAGACAAGCUGUCAACAAAUUUGUUUCUCGCAAUCCAGGGCUAGGUGCUGGCCUUAUUAGGAUGCAUUUCCAUGACUGCUUUGUCAGGGGUUGUGAUGCAUCUGUCCUGCUAGAAUCCACACCAGGGAAUCCAUCAGAGAGAGAACAUGUAGCAAAUAAUCCUAGCUUACGGGGUUUCGAAGUGAUUAAUGAAGCUAAAGCCCAACUUGAAGCCAUUUGUCCACAAACUGUAUCAUGCGCAGACAUUCUUGCAUUCGCUGCUCGUGACAGUUCCUUCAAGCUUGGAGGGAUAAACUACGCUGUGCCAGCAGGAAGGCGAGAUGGACAUGUUUCAAAUGUAGAUGAAGUAGCACAAAAUCUUCCUCCAUUCUUCUUCAAUGCACAGCAAUUAGCAGACAAUUUCGCACGUAAAGGAAUGUCAGCCGAUGAGAUGGUGACGCUAUCAGGAGCACACUCUAUUGGCAUCUCACAUUGUUCUUCAUUCUCUGGCCGCCUCUACUCUUUCAACGCCACUCAUCCUCAAGAUCCCUCCAUGGACCCAAGAUACGCAGCUUUCUUAAAGACUAAGUGCCCACCACCUAAUAACAAUGGUGACCCAACUGUACCACUUGAUCCUACUCCUAAUCGUAUGGACAACAAAUACUACGUUGAGUUGACCAGGAAUCGCGGAUUAUUGAUUUCCGACCAGACACUGAUGAACAGCCCGUCCACACAAAGGAUGGUGGUGAACAAUGCAAGGAACGGUGCAACUUGGGCUGCCAAGUUCGCAAAGGCAAUGGUGCAUAUGGGGUCCCUUGAUGUUCUUACAGGAACUCAAGGUGAAAUCAGGAAUCAAUGCCACGUGGUGAAUUAAGCACUCACUAUGUACCUACUGAGAAGAGUUCGACGCUAAUGUCUUUUUUUCUUUCUUAAUUUUCUCACAUUCAUUUCUAAAUCAGUUCUUUUAUUCGUUGUUUCACUUCUUUUCCUUCUCCUUUGUGAAUUUUCUUUUGUUUCCUCAUAUAUAUUUAUCGAAGCAACUGUAAAUUUUCUGAUGUAACAUGUAAAAGUUCAGAGUGAAUGGAGAUCAAUCUGAUAAGUGUAUAAUAUAUACAUUAAUUAACCGGUUGAUAUUUUAGGCCCGAUAAAAUUAAACCUUGUUUUUUCAGGACCCAA